AUGCUCUGGCGUACAAAAUCCCACCACAGCCAGGCGUCCGAAGCGGACGCCUCGGUUGCGCGUACCGCGUCCGCCUCCCAGAAUGAUCCGUCCGCUUCCGCCGACCAGGCCGCGGGUACUGCCUGGCUCGCUGGACAUUUACACCACCUUACGCCGGAGCAGGAGGAGAAGCUCGUCGAGUUCAAGGCUGUCUGCGCUGAGCGCGAGUACUAUACACCUAGUGUGGAACAGGAUGGCGAGACUAAGCCGCCUAGCCAUGAUGAUGCGACCAUGCUACGCUUCCUGAGAGCUCGCAGAUUCGAUGUCGAGGGUGCCUGGGGUCAGUUUAAGGACACAGAGGAAUGGCGGAAGGAGAACAAGAUCGAAGACCUCUAUGCGAAUAUCGGUGUGGAUUCGUACGAGGCUGCUCGUCGCAUGUAUCCCCAGUGGACUGGCCGUCGCGAUCGCCGCGGUAUCCCCGUCUACGUCUUCGAGAUCCGCCACCUCGACAACAAGGCUGUGGCUGCUUUCAAUACUACUGCGACCACCGGUAUUCCCGAGACUCACAAGUCGUCUUCCGUCCCGGCUCGUCUGCUGAACUUGUUCGCCUUGUAUGAGAACCUUCUCAACUUCGUUAUGCCGCUGUGCUCGACACUGUCGCGACCUAACCCAGAGACGCCCAUCGUCACCUCGACCAACAUUGUCGAUGUGAGCGGCGUUGGACUGAAGCAGUUCUGGAACCUUAAGAGCCACAUGCAGGAUGCCAGUGUGUUGGCGACGGCUCACUACCCCGAGACGUUGGAUCGUAUUUUCAUCAUCGGAGCUCCAGGAUUCUUCCCUACCGUCUGGAGCUGGAUCAAGCGCUGGUUUGACCCAGGCACCACCUCGAAGAUCUUUAUCCUGUCCGCCGCCGAGGUGAAGCCGACUCUGACCUCCUUCAUGGAGCCCUCCAGCAUCCCCACGCAAUACGGUGGCGAACUCGAGUGGCAAUGGGGCGACAUGCCCAACCUGGACGAGCCAGCCAAGGCGAAGCUCCAGGGCAUCGAGCAGACCUCAGCCGAGGGCAAGAAGGAACUGAUGAAGGGUCCCAUGCUGUUCAAGGGCGAGCACAUCGAGGUGCUGGGCAGCCAAAACGGCAAGGAUAGACGGGAGACCAUCCCUGUGCCCCAGACCGAGACUACUGCUGAGUCCGAGAAGGCUGCCGGUGACGUCGCCGUGCCUCCCCAUUCCACUCAGAACGAGAAGACGGGCAUCGAUGCGGUGAACGUUAACCAGGUCGAGACUCAGGUCGCGACCGCUGCCGUCUAG